UUCGCAUUCUCUCCGCUAAAACCUCAGCUAAAUUUGGCAGUGGGUGAGUGGAGACUCAGAGGAGAGAGAGAGAGAGAGAGAGAGAGAGAGAGCAGAGCUAAAAUUAGCGGGGAGAGAGAGAGAGAGAAAGAGGAAGGAGACUCGAUUCGCAGCCACGAAUCCCCGACAAAUUGGCGGAGUUCUGAAGGAGAAAGAGGAUGAGAGAGAUCAUGAGCAAAAGCAGCGACACGAAAUUCCAGGGCCAUUUGAGGAUUGUCACUCUCCCAAACCAACCCCACACGCUUCCUGAAGAGGAAAAAGGAGAAGAAGAAGAAGAAGAUCGAUCUGCAUUAAAUGUUGCUGAAUAUUUAAUUUGUUUAUUUUUUUUUUGCUUCUAUGUCCCCUCAAUUGGCAUCAUUUUCUCGCCAAUUUUCUUGCAAAAUGGCGUUUUCGGGGAAUUUUCGGAGGCCGCGAUUUUUGCGAUCAGAAUAAACGGCUGAAUGCGCGAGAUUUGAAAUUUGGGUCAUUUUCCGGUGGGGAAGAUUCAUUUGGAUAGGUCUUUGACUAUGUGAGGUUUUGAUUGAAGCUUAAUUACAAUGGGCACUUCAGUGAACAUUAUUGUAGGUUCUCAUGUCUGGCUUGAGGACCCAGCAUUAGCUUGGAUAGAUGGACAGGUAUUGAAGAUUACUGGAGAGGAGGCCGAGGUCCAGACCAGCAAUGGGAAGAAAGUUGUUGCAAAUUUAUCAAAAAUAUAUCCCAAGGAUAUGGAAGCUCCUGCUGGCGGAGUUGAUGACAUGACAAAGCUAUCAUAUUUGCAUGAGCCAGGAGUCUUGCAGAAUUUAAAAACGAGAUAUGAACUCAAUGAAAUAUAUACAUACACGGGAAAUAUUCUUAUUGCCAUUAAUCCAUUCCAAAGAUUACCUCACCUUUAUGAUGCUCACAUGAUGCAACAAUAUAAAGGAGCACCAUUGGGAGAGCUAAGCCCCCAUGUUUUUGCAGUUGCUGAUGUCGCUUACAGGGCAAUGAUCAAUGAGGGAAAAAGCAAUUCAAUUCUUGUCAGUGGUGAAAGUGGAGCGGGUAAAACAGAGACCACGAAAAUGCUCAUGCGAUACCUUGCCUUUUUAGGUGGCCGAGCGGCUACUGAAGGGCGCACUGUUGAACAACAAGUUCUUGAAUCAAAUCCAGUUCUUGAGGCAUUUGGAAAUGCCAAAACCGUCAGAAAUAACAAUUCUAGCCGCUUUGGUAAAUUUGUUGAGAUCCAGUUUGAUAAGCAUGGAAGAAUAUCUGGAGCAGCUAUCAGAACUUAUCUUCUAGAGCGAUCACGUGUUUGCCAAAUUUCUGAUCCAGAGCGUAACUACCACUGUUUUUACCUUCUUUGUGCAGCACCACAGGAGGAAAUUGAGAAGUACAAAUUAGGAAAUCCUAAAUCAUUUCAUUAUCUUAACCAGUCAAAGUGCUACGAACUGGUUGGUGUAAGUGAUGCUCAUGACUAUCUUGCCACCAGAAGAGCAAUGGAUAUUGUUGGAAUAAGUGAAAAGGAACAGGAAGCAAUUUUUAGAGUUGUUGCUGCAAUUCUUCAUAUUGGCAAUAUAGAUUUUGCUAAAGGGGAGGAAAUUGAUUCAUCAGUUCUGAAGGACGAGAAGUCUGAAUUCCAUCUUAAAACAACAUCAGAACUUCUCAUGUGUGAUUCUGCGGCUCUGGAAGAUGCAUUGUGUAAACGAGUCAUGAUCACCCCUGAAGAAGUUAUCAAGCGGAGUCUUGAUCCUCUUGGUGCGACAGUUAGCAGAGAUGGUUUCGCUAAGACAAUAUACUCUCGAUUAUUUGACUGGUUGGUGGAUAAAAUUAAUGUCUCAAUUGGACAAGAUCCUAAUUCAAGAUCUCUGAUAGGGGUCCUUGAUAUCUACGGAUUUGAAAGCUUUAAAUAUAACAGUUUUGAACAGUUCUGCAUUAAUUUUACAAACGAGAAGCUACAGCAACAUUUCAACCAGCAUGUCUUCAAGAUGGAACAAGAAGAAUACACCAAAGAGGAGAUAGAUUGGAGCUACAUUGAAUUUGUCGAUAAUCAAGAUGUCUUGGAUCUUAUUGAAAAGAAACCUGGUGGAAUCGUUGCUCUCCUAGAUGAAGCAUGCAUGUUUCCAAAGUCAACACAUGAAACAUUUUCGCAAAAGCUCUAUCAGACAUUUAAAGUUAACAAGCGCUUCAUCAAGCCAAAACUCUCUCGCACAGAUUUCACUAUAGCUCAUUAUGCUGGAGAGGUCCAAUAUAAAUCUGACCAAUUUUUGGACAAAAACAAAGACUAUGUUGUUCCAGAACAUCAAGAUUUGUUGGGUGCUUCCAAAUGUCCUUUUGUAGCAGGCCUUUUCCCUCCACUACCUGAAGAGACAGCCAAAUCUUCUAAGUUUUCUUCAAUUGGUUCUCGUUUUAAGCUACAACUACAACAACUGAUGGAAACAUUGAAUUCAACAGAGCCUCACUACAUUAGAUGCGUAAAACCUAACAACCUUCUAAAACCUGCCAUAUUUGAGAAUGUCAACAUCAUGCAACAAUUGCGAUGUGGUGGUGUUUUAGAAGCAAUCAGGAUCAGUUGUGCUGGAUUCCCCACACGCCGUGCUUUCUUUGAAUUCAUAAACCGAUUUGGACUUCUUGCUCCAGAGGUUGUCGAGGGGAACUACGAAGAGAAGGUUGCUUGCAAAAAGAUAUUGGAAAAGAAGCAGCUUAAAGGGUUUCAGAUAGGUAAGACCAAGGUUUUCCUAAGAGCUGGUCAGAUGGCUGAAUUAGAUGCACGCAGAGCUGAGGUACUUAGUAAUGCGGCCAAAGCUAUCCAGCGGCGCAUACGGACUCAUAAUGCUCGCAAACGAUUCAUUGCAUUACGAAAGGCCACCAUUUGUGUGCAAUCUAUAUGGAGAGGAAGAUUGGCUUGCAAACUUUAUGGGCACAUGAAAAGGGAGGCAGCUGCAGUGAACAUUCAAAGGAGGUUGCGUGGAUACCAAUCCAGAAAAGCCUACAACAAACUUCGGUUUUCAGGGCUUGUGUUGCAGACAGGUUUAAGAGCAAUGGCUGCUCGUAAGGACUAUAGACUGAAGAGACAGACUAAAGCAGCCAUUAUUAUUCAGACUCGUUGCCGCUGUCAUAGAGCUUCGUCAUAUUAUAAGAAGCUCAAGCGAGCAUCAGUUGUUUCACAAUGCAGAUGGAGGGGAAGACUUGCUCGAAGAGAGCUUAGGAAGCUUAAAAUGGCUGCAAGAGAAACUGGUGCACUUAAAGAAGCAAAGGAUAAGCUUACAAAAGAAGUGGAGGAGCUCACCUGGCGUUUGCAGUUAGAAAAACGAUUGAGGGCUGACUUGGAAGAAGCAAAAGCACAAGAGAUUGCAAAGUUGCAAAAUUUUUUGCAAGCUAUGCAAAGCAAAAUUGAUGAAACAAAUGCUCUGCUUGUAAAAGAGCAAGAGGCUGCAAGGAAAGCCAUUGAAGAAGCACCUCCUGUUAUUAAAGAAACCCAAGUGAUGGUUGAAGAUACCGAAAAAGUGGAUUCUUUAACUGCAGAAGUGGAGAGCUUGAAGGCUCUCUUAGAAUCGGAGGAACAAAGAGCCGAUGAUUCUGACAAGAAAUGUAUAGAAGCCCAAGAAUGCAGCGAAGAAAAACAAAAAAAAAUUGAAGAAACAGAAAGCAAAGUUCAACAACUUCAGGAAUCGUUAAGCAGGCUGGAGGAGAAGCUCGCUAAUAUAGAAUCAGAGAAUAAAGUUCUCCGUCAACAAGCUGUGUCCAUGGCUCCAAACAAGUUCCUUUCAGGACGCUCCAAAUCAAUUCUUCAGAGAGGUGAAAGUGGUCAUAUACCUGGUGAUCAAAAGGCAGGUUUGGACAUACGUAGCCCUUCAAUGAUUCAAAGGGAGCUCUCUGAAGUAGAGGAGAAGCCGCAAAAAUCACUUAAUGAGAAGCAGCAGGAGAAUCAAGAGUUGCUCAUUCGAUGUAUUGCACAACACUUGGGCUUUGCAGGGAGUAGACCUAUCGCUGCCUGUAUCAUAUACAAGUGCCUUCUACAGUGGAGAUCUUUUGAAGUUGAAAGGACUAGCAUUUUUGAUCGAAUCAUUCAGACGAUAGGCCAUGCUAUUGAGACCCAGGAUAACAAUGAUGUAUUAGCGUAUUGGUUGUCCAAUGCAUCAACACUUCUGUUGCUACUCCAGCGCACGUUGAAGGCAAGUGGUGCAGCUGGAAUGGCUCCACAGCGCCGUCGAUCAUCAUCAGCUACCUUAUUUGGGAGAAUGACGCAGAGCUUCCGUGGAGCUCCACAAGGAGUCAAUCUUUCCUUUGUGAAUGGUGGCAUGUCUGGUAGUGUGGAAUCCUUACGCCAAGUUGAAGCGAAGUACCCUGCUUUGCUUUUCAAACAGCAGCUUACAGCAUAUGUAGAAAAGAUUUAUGGAAUGAUCCGAGAUAACCUGAAAAAAGAAAUUUCGCCAUUGCUUGGCUUAUGCAUUCAGGCACCAAGAACAUCAAGAGCCAGCUUGGUUAAGGGAUCAUCACGAUCAGUUGCAAACACUGCAGCCCAGCAAGCAUUAAUUGCUCACUGGCAAGGAAUUGUGAAGAGCCUUGGGAAUUUCUUGAACACUCUGAAAGAAAAUCAUGUACCCCCAUUUUUAGUUCGUAAAGUUUUCACACAAAUAUUUUCUUUCAUCAAUGUCCAGUUAUUCAACAGCCUUCUAUUAAGGCGGGAAUGCUGUUCAUUUAGUAAUGGAGAAUAUGUUAAAGCAGGAUUGGCUGAACUUGAGCAUUGGUGUUACAAGGCCACUGAUGAGUAUGCAGGUUCAGCUUGGGAUGAGCUCAAACAUAUCAGACAGGCUAUUGGGUUUCUGGUCAUCCAUCAAAAGCCGAAGAAAACACUGGAUGAAAUAAGCCAUGACCUAUGUCCAGUGCUCAGUAUACAGCAGCUGUACCGGAUCAGUACCAUGUACUGGGAUGACAAGUAUGGCACGCAUAGUGUGUCCCCGGAUGUUAUAUCCAACAUGAGGGUGUUGAUGACAGAAGAUUCAAACAAUGCAGUGAGCAACUCUUUCCUAUUGGAUGACGAUUCCAGUAUUCCAUUCUCAGUUGAUGAUAUAUCGAAGUCGAUGGAACAAAUAGAUAUAUCAGACAUCGAACCACCACCACUAAUUCGUGAGAAUUUGGGCUUCAGUUUUUUGUUGCCACGUGCUGACUAGUCACCCUCUCAUUGCUUGAAGCUGGAUGGCUCUGUUUCAGAAUCCCUGAACACCUUAGUUGUAUAGUUUUACACAACAGCCUCUUCAACUGUCGAUGCCCGAAAGGGGUUGUUCAUGUUUAUUUUUUGUUAUAGGUUUCUUUGAAAUUUUCUUUAGCUUUAUACUUCCAUGUUGUAAACAGGGAUGCAUUUGCUCCCUAUCCAAUGUAACAUCGAAUUUCUGCUCUUGUACAAGUAGCUGUCAUUUGUGAAGGAUAGAAAAUUAAGGUUAAAUUUUUUUUCACAAGUGUUCGAUUUUCCUUCUCAAUAUAGUCAACUGAUUUCCUAAACAA